ACAUUUGAUUUGUUGCUGGAAACUUCUUCUUCAGGAUCCUCUUCUGAAAGGACAGCGCUGCGUCAUUCUAGCUGAUGGCUUCUAUGAAUGGAGGCGAACAGAGAAAGAGAAACAGCCUUUCUUCAUUUACUUCCCUCAGACCCAAGGAGGGCAAGUGCCCGGUCAACAAAAUACACAGAAAAUGAAAAGUGACCAAAGUUUGGACCAAGCAGAGAGUGAUCAGGAUGACAGUGACUGGACAGGGUGGCGUCUGCUGACAAUAGCAGGGCUCUUUGACUUCUGGACUCCUCCUUGUGGUGGAGAGACGCUGUACACUUACACUGUUAUUACUGUAGACGCCUCUCCAAAUCUACAAAGCAUCCAUGACAGGAUGCCAGCUGUGCUGGACGGUGAGGAUGAGGUAAGACGGUGGUUGGACUUUGGAGAAGUAAAGUCACUGGAAGCCAUGAAAUUACUGCAUCCAAAUUCCUCCUUGACCUUUCACCCAGUCUCCUCAUUGGUCAACAAUUCCCGCAACAACUCCCCAGAGUGUCUGCAGCCUGUAGAGCCCUCAGUUAAGAAG